AGGGGCCCAUGUAGUGAAGCCUCCACCGCGCUCGUCACAGAAUGGUCUCACCCCCCCACAGGAGGAGCGGCAUGUCUAUCUCACCAUCGUCCCCCAAGAAAGGGGGCACCCCAGUAUUCUCAAAAAGUGUCCGGCGCCCCCUGUCUCCAGAGCGGCUCUCCUACGUGAAGCGGGACUCCGCGGAUGCCAGGAACCGGCUGCUGUUGGCUGGUGGUGGGAGAAGGGACGGUUAAAAGCAAGCAGGUCGUCUUCUUCCCAGAAGAGGGAGUGGUGAAGCUGUAUUUGAGGGGUCGCUCCGUCCCCCUAUAUGUUCCCGAUUCUCUGGUGGCCUCAUACAAUAUAGAAGCCAAAGGAGAACCUCCAACACGAGAGCUGCAGCUGGAAUGGGUAUACGGGUACAGAGGUCGGGAUUGUCGCAGUAACCUCUUCAUCCUGCCAUCGGGAGAGUUGCUGUACUUUACAGCUGCGGUCUGCGUCUUGUAUGACCCCGUGGCCGGCACCCAACGCCACUACCGAGGACACACAGAUGACAUCAAAAGCCUGGCCGUCCACCCAGACUCCGUCACCAUUGCCAGCGGACAAGUGGCUGGUAACUCCCAGGAUGGCAAGUCUCUGGCCCCUCAUGUCCGCAUCUGGCACUCGGUCAGCCUCUGCACCCUUCAUGUCAUUGGAGUUGGCCAUUUUGACCGGGCAGUGACUUGUCUGAGCUUCUCGAAGACGGAUGGUGGCAGCCAUUUGUGUGCAUGUGAUGAGUCUGGGGACCACGUCUUGUCUGUGUGGCAGUGGCAGCGUGAGCAGAAGGUGACAGAGGUGAAGUGCUCCACAGAGCCAGUGCUGGCCGCCAUCUUCCAUCCCACAGAACCCAACCUGAUUAUCACCUGCGGAAAGUCCCAGCUAUAUUACUGGAGCCUUGAAGGGGCCACCGGAGCAGGGGCCACAGGAGGAACGGCCCUGCUAAGCAAGAGGCAGGGGGUAUUUGAGAAAUACGAGAAGCCACGCUUCGUCCUGUGUGUGGCAUUCGCUGAGAAUGGGGAUGUGGUCACUGGGGACUCCAAUGGGAAACUUUGUACGUGUGGGGGAAAGGCAGUCACCGGAUCUCUCAUGCCGUGUGCGGCGCCCAUGAUGGCGGGAUUUUUGCUCUCUGUGUAUGCAGGGAUGGCACUCUACUUUCUGGAGGUGGCAAAGAUGGCCGAGUCUUUCUAUGGGAUCGCGAAUACAAGAAAGUGCAGGAGACCCGGAUUCCAGAGUGUUUCGGGCCGGUAAGGACCAUCACAGAGGGCCGCGGGGGGGACACGCUGUAUGUGGGGACCACUAAGAACUGUGUGAUGAGCGGCAGUCUGCAGAGCGGCCUGAACUGUCUGAUACAGGGUCACACAGAUGAACUGUGGGGUCUUUGCUGCCAUCCGUCUCUCGAUCUCUUCUUGACCUGUGGCCAUGACAAGCUGGUUCAUCUCUGGAACAGCAAAGAGCAUCAACCAGUCUGGAGCACCACACUGGAGGACGCUGCAAGAGCGGCCGCCUUCCACCCGUCCGGCAGUGUGGUAGCUGUGGGGACCUGCGCUGGAAGGUUCCUGGUGCUGGACUCUCAGUCCCAUGUCAUUGUGACCAGUAUCUCCGAUGCUGGAGAGCAGAUCAGUUGUAUCUCCUACAGUCCCGAUGGGCAGUAUUUGGCCGUUGGGUCACAUGACAACUUCACUUAUCUCUAUGAGGUGGCAGAGGAAGGGCGAGAGUACAGGCGUGUGGGCAAGUGUAUGGGUCACUCCAGCUACAUCACUCACCUGGAUUGGGCCUCAGACAGUUCCAGCUUCAUGACCAACAGUGGAGGACUACGAAUGUCCUGUACUGGGAUCCGGAUUCAUCGAAGCAGAUUGUUAGUGCGGAGAGUGUGAGGAACGUGGAGUGGGAGAACGCUUCCUGUACCCUCAGCUUCCAUGUGCUGGGGGUCUGGCCGGACGGAGCAGAUGGGACAGAUCUGAAUGCCGUCGUCAAGUCACAUGACCGCAAGCUGGUGGCCACAGGAGAUGACUUUGGAGGAGUGCGUUUGUUCAGCUACCCCUGUGUGGUUCCCAGGGCCCCCAGCCACAGGUACAGUGGACACAGCAGUCACGUGACCCGCGUCUCCUUCCUGCACAAUGACAGUUCUCUGAUCUCGGUUGGCGGGAAGGACAGCACCGUCCUGCAAUGGUCGGUCAUGUGA